UGAAAAUGAAGUUUCAAACGUCUUGCAUCAUUGCCAUUCCUCAGCAUAUGGGGGACAUCAUGGAAGCUCUCGUACUGCUGCAAAAAUUUUACAAUCGGGUUUCUUUUGGCCCACUCUUUUCAAAGAUGCAAGCAAAUUUGUGAAAAACUGUGAUCGUUGCCUGCGUACCGGCAAUAUCGGAAGAAAGAAUGAAAUGCCUCAGCAUGGCAUACUUGAAGUCGAAUUGUUCGACGUAUGGGGGCUCGAUUUUAUGGGGCCAUUUCCUAAAUCAAAUGGGAAAGAGUUCAUCCUUGUAGCUGUUGAUUAUGUUUCUAAAUGGGUGGAAGCAGCUGCCACACCGACUAAUGAUGCCAAAGUGGUGAUCCAAUUUAUUCAGAAGAAUAUUUUCUCCCGAUUCGGAGUUCCAAGAUCUUUCAUCACCGACAAUGGUACUCAUUUUUGUAACAAGGCAUUGGAACGUGUCCUUUCCAAAUAUGGGAUUCACCACCGACUCUCAACUCCAUAUCACCCGCAAACAAAUGGCCAGGUGGAACUUUCAAACCGAGAAAUCAAAUCAAUUCUCGAGAAAGUUGUUAAUCCUUCCCGAAAGGAUUGGGCCGACAAGCUUGAUGAUGCACUAUGGGCAUACCGCACUGCCUAUAAAAAUCCCAUUGGAACCUCACCAUUCAAAUUGGUGUAUGGGAAAGCCUGUCAUCUUCCUGUUGAGGUUGAACACAAAGCAUAUUGGGCAAUCAAGACACUCAACAUGGAUCUUGCAUUGGCGGGUGAGAAACGACUGUUGCAGCUAAAUGAACUUGAAGAAUUCAGACUUGCAGCUUAUGAUAGCUCAAAAAUAUACAAGGAGAGAACAAAAGUUUUGCAUGACCGGGUGAUCAGCCGGAGAAAAUUUGAACGGGGAGAUAAAGUUCUUCUAUUUAACUCACGUUACAAAUUCUUCCCCGGAAAACUAAAAACCCGGUGGUUGGGUCCAUUUGAAGUACUUGAAGCAUUCCCAUCCGGAGCAGUUCAGUUGUUAAACAAAAGCGGACAGAAACUCAUGGUAAAUGGACAACGAUUGAAAUUAUAUCAUGAUGGUGAGAAACAAGAGGCAACUUCUGUGUAUUGCCUCAUUGAUCCAGAAUAUGAAUGAAAGACAUGGGUCAAGCUAAUGACCUUAAACGAGCGCUUCUUGGGAGGCAACCCAAGUUUGUAAAUUUCUCAAAAAAAAAAACAAAAAAAAAGUCAAAAAAAAAAAAGAUUAGUCUAGGUUUUCUUUAUUUCUUUGGACUCUAAAGGGGCCACAUCCGCUCAAAGGGAUCUCCCAACGUCAUGCGGAUAAACAAUUCCAGAUUCGGCCGCACUUCAGGGAAGUUUUCUUUACACUCCUUUAAUUUCUUUUCCACUGAGGACAGUGCAAAUUUUAAGUGUGGGGGAGUGGGUAGUUCGACCCUGAUUUCUUGUGUGAAUAUUUUUUUCCUUGUGUGCUUGUGUGAUUUUGUUUUAUUUAUUUUGUGUGUUUUGUUUGUGAAUAAAGACCAAUCUUGUCCAAAAUGCAACAAUAGACUAGCAACACACUAGUUUACACUUUUUGUUACUAGUUACCUCCUUAACUUUUUAAAUUAUUCAUUCACCUCUUUUGAUGAAAUGUGGUUUGAGUUUGAGAAGUGUCACUGUAAUUUUUUGAGAGUAACUUAGUAUGAGCUUUGAACUUGAUUCUUUUUAACAAUUUAACAUUAAACACCAUAGAUUUUAUUUUUCCAAUUUAUUGGUUUAAUAGUUGAAUUAGUGAAAGUUUAUGCAGUUUAAGAUGUUUAUACAUUUAUUCUCCUUGAAAAUUUUAUUUGAACUUGACAGAGUAGAAAUGAUUUAGGCCAUCUUUGUUUACCCAUGAAGCCAAACACUAUCCCUUUGUAAAUAAAUAACACUUUCCCUAGUAACCCUGUUUGAGCCUUUUCAGUGUACAAGUGUAAAAUAACUUACUUCACUUGUUACUAAUUUUUCUUGUGACCUUGUAAAUACAUAACCUUGUGAAAUCCUACCCAAGUCAUUUUUGUUUCAACCCUAGAGUAGUUUGUAUUGUUACUUGAGAGUGGAUAAAAUGGAGCUUCUGUUAAGUGUCAUAUUAGUGAUGUACAUAUUUGUUUGUAAAUUUUGGGGUUAGUUUUUCAUUGUAAUAUUUAGUGUGUGCCCUCUUAAAAAAAGUUCAAAAAAAAAAGAAAAAAAGAAAAAAAAAAGUGAAAAAACAAAAACAAAAACAAAGAGGCACAUUAAUUUUUUGUUGUGAUUUCUUCUGUAAAACCCCAUUUUUACUUCCUUUUCAUGUUUAUAUUUCUCAUUGUUUUGUAUGCUCCAAGUUCUUGUAAAUUCAUGUGAUUAUCCGCUCAGUAUAAGUGCAAUCUAACUCUCUUUGUAAAUCCCUACACCAAACCUUUCUUUCCACUAGCCACGUCAUUAACCUCGCCAAAACCCGAAAAGUCCUAAUUGAUCUAUUUGUGUCAUUUUUUGAAUUAAGUUAAUUGGAGAAACUUGUUCUGCAUAACCCGAACUAAUUCAGAUCUAUAGGUGUUUGUGUUAAAAGUUUGAUUUGAAAAUCUUAGUGAUAGGCAAUAAUACUCGGUUUACUCUCAUUGAGUUAUUUUGUGACAUUUCAGGGUAUUGGACCGUUUAGUGGACAUUAGAGGUGUAUGUGUGGUUUGUUUAGUUAUGUUUGUAAAUUUUACCAAAUUGUGUAUAUUUUUGUGUUUGUUGUUUAUUUUGCUUGAGGACAAGCAAAAGCCUAAGUGUGG